AUGAACACUGAUUUUUCGCAGCCUGAAUGGCUCAUCAUUCACUACCAUGUCAUGGGUGUAAUCUCUAUAAUUUUGAACUUUUUCGGCAUCUACUUACUCCUGGUUCAUUGCAAAAAUCUAUCGAAAUUUCGAUAUUUCUUGCUGGUUUAUCAGGUAAUUUGCUUAAUAACAGAUAUCCAUUUAAAUUUCCUAUGGCAACCUGUACCAUUGUACCCCAUAUUGGCUGGCUACUCGCUGGGAUAUUUGGCGAAUUGGAUUCCAUUUCAUUAUUCUAUGCUAAUUGUCAGUGUGCUUGCAAUUUUUCAAUUGAAUUUUCUGGUGAUUUGUUUUAUGAAAAGGCAUCAAGCCGUUGCUUUGGUCCUGGAAACUCACAGAUUUCCAGAAACUUUAACUAAAAGUUUUUAUAUAUUUUCUUAUUUUUUUCCAAUAAUUUUCGGUGCCCUUUUUGAAAUAUUGAAGAUGACUGAGGAUGAGCAAUGGGAUCAUAUUAGGAAGGUUUGA